AUGGUCCGCCUACUGAAAUUCGUCGUGCUGACCACAGUGACUGCGUCGAGUGCCAUCAAAGCUGUUUCUGCUCUACUAUCGCCAAACUUACCGAAGUUUCUCACAGAUGGGCCUUUGGAAGAUGGACUACCUUGGGGCAAGGCAAAUCCAGCUGGUGAUCCGCCCAACACAGGAGUGACGCGCCAUUACCAUUUCACCAUCAGGCGAGAGUUCAAGUCUCUCGACGGGUUCAACAAGAGUGUGAUCCUAAUCAACGAUCAGUUUCCCGGCCCAGCGAUUGAAGCUAAUUGGGGAGAUAUGAUUGAGGUGACUGUAGUCAACAAUAUCGACAGCCAAGACGAAGGUGUCACAUUGCACUGGCAUGGUACGACCCUGAGGAAGACGCCAUGGUAUGAUGGUGUUCCUGGUGUUUCCCAAUGUCCGAUUGCUCCCCUCGGCGGUAGAUUUACAUAUACCUUUCAAGCAGAUCAGUAUGGCACUGGUUGGUACCAUUCGCAUUACAGUGCGCAAUAUGAUGAUGGUUUAUAUGGUCCCAUGGUCAUCUACGGGCCGGUGCAGCCGGAAAUCAGUUAUGACUUCGAUUUGGGCCCAGUCAUGAUUUCGGACUACUUUCAUAUGAGCUACUAUGAGGCUUUGGAAAUAAGCUUUGCGAAGCCUCCACAGCCAUUACAUGUCGACAACAAUUUGAUUAACGGAAAAACCGCUUUUUAUAAUUGCAAUUCCACCGAAACGCACUGUCUUCCAGCGCCAGGACCCGCUAAAUUCCAGUUUCAUUCGGGAAAGCUUCAUCGACUGCGGCUCAUUAACACUGGAUCACUUGCAAAUCAGAAGUUCAGCAUCGACAACCACGACAUGACAGUGAUUGCAAACGAUUAUGUUCCAGUCAAGCCUUACAAAACGAAAGUGGUCACUCUGGGUGCUGGCCAGCGAACAGAUGUCAUCGUCAAUGCUACGGGCUCCCCUACCGACGCGGUAUGGAUGCGCUCGGAUAUCGACAUGGUUUGUCUCCAGACGAACGCCACUAUUCAGACUGCGCUUGCGGCUAUUUACUAUGAAUCAGCGAAUAUUUCUUCGGUUCCCCGCACAAAACGCACCGCCUGGGAAAGCAAUAACUGUCGUAACGACCCUCUGAACCAGACCGUCCCUUAUUACCAAUUGACACCCCCGGAGCCCGAGACCGUCCAGACAGUUACAGUCACUGUUGGCUACAAUGAGACGGGAUUUGUGGUAAUGUUCAUGGAUAAUUCAUCCUUUCGCGCAGAUUACAACGAUCCCGUACUGCUCGAUGUUAGUAAUCCAAGAGGAAAUUUCUCUUUUCCGCGGGAACGAAACGCCUACAACUUUGGGAGCAACUCGAGUGUGCGCCUGAUUUUGAAUAACACUUAUGCCACCGUGCAUCCCAUGCAUCUACAUGGCCAUAACUUUUGGGUUCUGGCAGAAGGUCUGGGGUCAUGGGAUGGCAAGAUCACGAACCCGUCCAAUCCUCUGCGUCGUGACACACACAAUUUGCAGCCGGGGACAUCUAACCAGUCAUCAUAUGUGGUCCUCCAAUGGACACAAGAUAACCCUGGCAUUUGGCCCUUUCAUUGCCAUAUGUCUGUCCAUUCGAGCGCGGGGAUGUUCAUGUUAUCCAUAGAGCACCCGGAAUUGAUAAAAACCGAUUUGCAGAUUCCCAUGAUCAUGGCACAGACGUGUCGAGAUUGGGAUUUUUUCAGCAGUACGUCGUUUGUCGACCAGAUCGACUCUGGUGCAUGA